AUGAAUGCAUUCCUCGAGGGAAUGGUAAGAGAGGUUGAGAGUGGGGACUAUCUUAGUACUGACCAUAUGGAUAGGUUCGGAAGCAUACUGGAUGAAAACACUGAGUAUCAUCCUGUAAGCUGUUUGGCCAUUGAUGCAAUGGAAGGUGUUUCGGCUGUCGCUACACCUCACAUACAAAUUCUGUUCUCGGGGAAGAUCGACGCCAGUUCUAUCGGUCAUUGGAUUGUGGUCUUCCACGAUGGCAGUAAUUUGUAUGUGUACGACAGUCUGAACAGUGCCCACCUCACUGCAGACCAAACUAAGCUGCUCUCCCUUCUGUUCCCGGACCUAUCCAUCGUUCCAGCAUUUAUUCCCGUCCAAAGGCAAGAAAACGGUUUUGACUGCGGCGUAUUCGCCAUUGCUAAUGCUACUUCACUUGCCCUUGGCCGGGACCCAGCCAAACUGCGCUAUGAUAUACCAUCAAUGCGCCCCCAUUUGGCUGAAAUGCUGCGCACGGGUAGACUGGAUAUGUUCCCUACGCUAUCAGUGUCCUCUCCUCCUGAGCCAAUAAUCAAAGAUCCUAAUUCUACUUGUUUAAGCAUUGUCGAAUCUUUACCGCCAUUAGAAAUAAGUACCAUGUCCGUCUGUGCUCCAGUUAAAAAGGGGCCGGGUAGACCUAAAAAAGUGAAACGUGGCCGCCCUAAAACUCUUUCAACCACUAAGGAGGAGCAGAUAAAAAAUUCAAAGAAAAACAUCCUCAAGUCAACAGGGAUGCUGUUCAACGUUACACUGAGCAGCACCCUCAGGUCCACCGAGAUGCUGUCCAGCGUUACACUGAGCAGCACCCUCAGGUCCACCGAGAUGCUGUUCAGCGUUACACUGAGCAACAUCCUCAGGUCCAUCGAGAUGCUGUUCAGCGCUACACUGAGCAGCAUCCUGAAGUUCACAGGGGUGCUGUUCAGCGUUAUACAGAAAAACAUCCUGACACAAAUUUACAAAAAGCUGUUCGAUGAAGAGAAGGAUAGGAAGAAAUGGUGUUGCGGUGAGGGAUCUUAUAAAGUCCAUAAUUUACCUCCUCUGGACGCCAGUUUCUAUUCUAACCGUCUGUUCAUCGAACGAGCCCGUGCCUACAAUGACUUGUUUGCCUUCUGCGCUCUCGAGGUGACUGGGGGGUACCGUCAUCCUUCAGGCCUCGCCUUCUUUAAGAUCGAAGGUAAGAUGUACCACCAGGUUCACAGUCUGGACGCUCCAGGUCAAAAGUUUAGGACCAAGGGAGGUGAUGUCCAGUUUGUGAACCGGUGCCGCCUGUACAUAGAUGAUGGCGAGGAGCGCAAAAACAUUGCCAUGGGUAGAUCAUUGAACUCAGAAGUCAUUGAUGAAAUUAAUACAUAUCUUCUUUCCUGUAAUCCUUUCAUCAAUGAUUUCCGUAGAUUGAGUGAUGAGCCUUCAGUCAACGCUCAUUUGGAAUUUGAAGUGACCAGCAGAUCUACCCAUGGCCCUGUUCUUGGAGAUAGGCAAACAGGCAUUGAAGUGCACGCUGUAUUGAGCAAUGAAGACACCAUAACUGAUCCAAGAAAAUUGACCAUCUGGAAGAAGAGUGAUAGGCGUCCGUCUUCCCCCGUCUUUAGCCCCUUAAUGGAGCCUUUCCAAUAUCCGUUGCUCUAUCCUCAAGGUAAUUUAGGGUGGCAUAUUGGGCGCUUAGACAACCACGGGGGGAAACUUUCACAAUACAAUUACUCUAGAUGUCUCCUCCUCUCCGAUCCCCGUUUCUCGCAUUUCGGCAGGCUGUCUCAAGCAUGGCAGGUCGAGAUGUUCGCGAGGUACGAGGAGGAGCGUCUAAGAUUUAUUCGUUUCUCCCAAACGCGUUCUGCUGCUCAAAAUUCCUUGAGGAUAGGACCACUGGACGAGCUCCUUGAAGCUCAACGGGGUAGGCAAGCUGGUGGGCAGGUUUUAGGCGACAUCACCCGCGAUGAAACAGUCUUGGGUGAGGGUGGGGUGCAGGCUGGAAAAGUUUACCUCCCAAGUUCGUUUACCGGUGGACCCAGAUACAUGAAGGUACAUUACGAGAACGCAAUGGGCCUUGUGUCUCGUCUGGGUUCACCUACGUUUUUCCUGACGUUCACCUUCAGUGCUACUUGGGAGGAAAACAAGAAGGCCUGCCCUCACAACAGCGGGCGCAGUGACCCCUCAACAGCCUGCAGAAUCUUCCAGAUUAAACUUGGCGAACUCCUCCGAGAUCUGCGCAGCGGAGCAAUGUUUAGCCGUCCGGCACGUGACAUUGACUCCGUAAUACGCGCAGACAUCCCUUCGGAGGAGGAAGCCGCUGGAAGACUCAGGAAGUUGGUGCUGAAACACAUGAUUCAUGGUCCAUGUGGUACUGACCACCGCACCGACUUCCUGUGCUGGGACUCUGCAAAGGGGCACUGCAACAAGUUCUACCCCAAGCCUGCCUGCCAAACCACCCACGUGGACGAGAGGGGGUUCGUCCAAUAUAAACGAGACUACACAAACGAAGGCUUUAUCACAUCACGGAGGAGACAGAUCAAAGUGCAUGAUGGCUGGGUCGUUCCGUACAAUUCCGCUUCUACUCGUCGCGUAAUCAAGUACCUCUUUAAGUACCUCAUGAAAGGCGGUUCUUUCCAGAACGUAACCGUCACUCCCCUGGGGAAACAAGAGGAUGAGGUCGAGCAUUACGUGACGAAGAGAAUGGUGGGUGCCAGCGACGCAUGCUGGCGUCUUCUCGACUUUCCUGUGUCAAAGCUCGAGCCCACCGUUGAGUGUCUUCCCGUGCAUUUAGAGGGCAAACAAAGUGUUGUCUUUCGGCCGAGACAGCUCUCUGAUGCAGUCACUCAAGCAAGCUCUAAGCUUAUGGUCUACUUCAAUCGCCCGCACCAUGAAACUUUUGACAAUGUCACGUACCAGACAUUUUACGAGAAGUUCAUGGUGCACACUAAGCGCCCACGUACUGCGGAAUUGUACGAACACCCCGAUGGCCAUCACUUUGUAACGACUCGCCAGCGUGGUGAGAAGGUAUGUAGGUUGAUGUGGGUCUCUCCCAACCGAGGAGAACAAUACUACCUUCGUAUUCUACUUAUGUCUACACCUUGCCGUGGUUACGUUGAUCUUCUGGCUCGUGGCGGUCCUUGUUGCCGGACGUUUCAGGACGUAGCCCGCAAUCUCGGCCUGGUGGAAGACGAAGAAGAAUACAAUCACGCGCUGCGCGAGGCAUCUACGUUUAUGACUGGACCUAGGCUCCGUUCCUUCUUCGUGAUCCUCUGCAACAUGGGAGCUCCCGCUGCUCUUCUGUGGGAGUCUUUCAAGAACCACCUUAGCGAGGAUCACUUAGAAAGGAACCCUCUCGACCCUGAACCGGCGGUGAAACUUACCUUGAUAGACAUCGAUCGGAGCCUCCGCCAGCAGGGAUCGUGCUUGAAAGAUCAUGGACUCCCCUACGUCGAGGAUGACACGACUGAGUUAGGUAGAGAGCUACUCAACUACGGCGAGAACCUCCAGCGAACCAUCGUUGAGGACUGGGUGCCCAAACUCUCCCCAGACCAGCGCCGUGUGUUUGAGUACGUUCGCUCUCUGCUUCUCAACCCCCGUGACCGACGCACUUCUAGAAUCAUAUUUCUGGACGGUCCCGGGGGUUAUGGGAAGACCUCUCUGAUUCGUGUCAUCCUUGCGUAUGUCCAUGGUUGUCGACAGGUUGCACUCGCCGUGGCUAGCUCAGGGAUUGCUGCAAGGAACAUGGCUGGAGGAACAACAGCACAUAGCAUUUUCCGACUCCCUCUAGACCUAGGUCACGGCACAGGUGUGUGGAACAUCACCAACGGGUCCCAGCGAGCAGAACUCAUCAGAGCAGCACAGCUCAUUGUGUUUGAUGAGGCCCCGAUGGCACACCGCUACAUCUUCGAGAUGAUCGACAGAUCCCUCCGGGAUCUCAUGAAUAGUAGUGUGCCAUUCGGGAAUAAGAUCUUCAUCUGCUCCGGGGACUUCCGUCAGAUUGCGCCCGUCGUUGAGAAGGCUCGCACACCAGCUGAUGUCGCGUGCGUGUCACUUCGGGCGUCACAUCUGUGGCGACUGUUCACACUAUUUUCCCUGACGACACCCCAGAGAACUAGUGGUUCCAUUGACUACUCCAACUUCCUCCUUGGAGUAGGCAAUGGAACAAUAAAUCCUUUACUUUUUGGAGAAGGCCGCGAGAGAGAGUCUCUCAUUCCCCUCACUGGGGUGAGAUGCCUCACUUCUCUCGCGGACUUAAUAACGGAUGUGUUUCCUCCUGGUGUUCUGCGAGAUCCUGAUCUUUGUGCGAGACGGGCAAUACUCUCAACUCUGAAUGUGAACGUCAAGGAGAUCAACGGUCGCAUCCUAGACCUCAUGGACGGGCGCAUUCAUGAGUUGAGAAGCGCGGACACCGUGGACAGAGAAGACGACGACGGGCUGGAUGUGGACGUAAAUCUCCUCAACCAGGCCACUGGCAAAGGAGUGCCAGAUCACGUCCUGCGUCUCAAGGUCGGCUCCGUAUGCUUAAUCAUGAGAAACUUAAAUAUCGGUGAUGGACUCGUGAACGGCACCAAAGUCAUUGUGACGGCGAUCAGCAGCCGACUGAUCACCGUCAGACUUAUCGGCAACACGCAACCUAUCGGAAUUCCCCGGAUUACGUUCAGGUUCGCGUUUGCCGAAGGAUCGCCGCUCCGGGUUUGUCGCCGUCAGUUCCCCCUCAUGUUGGCGUACUGCAUGACUGGUCACAAGAGCCAAGGCCAGACAAUUGAGUACGUCGGAGUCGACCUGAGAACGGACUGCUUCACUCAUGGCCAGCUCUACGUCCUGUUGAGCAGAGUGAGACGUCCAGACGACAUCGUCGUUCUUGUACCAGACGACAGAAUAGUAGAAGGAGUCGCCUAUGCAAAGAAUAUUGUAUAUGACGAGCUCCUUCUAAACACUGAUUAA